UCAAAACACUAAAAACAACACAGCGCAGGUUAACAGUUUUUGCAAACAACUGCUGGUACAUGAAGUUGUGAUCGUGUCCAGGAGUCACAGCACGCCGCCAUGAAUACUUUAAUGCGUCGAGCACAGCAGUUGCACCACUGCCACUGGCGCAAAUAUUGCAUAAAACAAUGCGCCACAGCGACUGCUGCCGCUGCCGGCACAGAAAGCACAGCUGGACUGCGAGGUAAUCUUAGCUAUGAGGACUUCAUUGGAGCGCGUCACCAACAGGCACAGCGCAGCAUCGUGGUACAAGUGAGCUCGGAGAAGUCCUACGGUGAAUUGUAUAACUACUGCAGUCGCUUUGGGUGCAUUGUGAACGCUCAACAUUACUGCGUACGACAUGAAGACGAGCUGCACUAUAUGUUGCUAGAGUUUGCCAGCGACAAUGAAGCCACAGCAGCAAUUAGUGCAAGUGCCUACAAUACAGAGCUAAGCGCUGGAGCUGCAGCUGGAGGUGGAGGUGUGCCAGUGCGUUCGCCUUUCUUGUGGUUUCGCGCGGCAGCAGCGGGCGCUGGUAGGCGUGGUCAGCCAAAGUUGGCAACAAAUAUACAGCCAAUGCCAUUAAACGCUGUGGACGGCACACAGCCCUUAAGUCAGGAGCAUUUAACGCUGAUGCUGCGCGGCGCAGAGAGCAUAGAGCAACAGCUGUUGCUGCUCUACGAACAAACGCGCCUCAACGAUGUGGGUGUGCGGCUGCGGUUUUUGGCCGCGUUGCAAGUGCAACAGGCCAUCUCCGGCAUGUUUCCACAUGCAUUAGCGCAACCCUUUGGCUCCUCGGUGAAUGGCUUUGGCAGAAUGGGCUGUGAUCUGGAUCUAAUACUGCGCUUUGAUUCCGAGCCGCCAGUCAGCGACAGAAGUGAGCCGUCGCGGCUAGUCUACCACACCAAGGAGAACCUAAGCAAUGGACGCUCGCAGACACAACGACAAAUGGAAUGCAUUGGCGAUAUGUUGCAGCUGUUUCUGCCUGGUGUGUGCCAUGUGCGGCGUAUACUGCAAGCACGUGUGCCUAUUAUCAAGUACCACCAUGAGCAUCUAGAUCUGGAGGUGGAUCUUAGCAUGAGCAACCUCACUGGCUUCUACAUGUCGGAGCUGUUGUAUAUGUUUGGUGAGCUGGAUCCGCGCGUGCGACCCUUGACAUUUAGCAUACGCCGCUGGGCACAGCUUUGUGGCCUCACCAAUCCAUCGCCAGGACGUUGGAUAUCAAACUUCUCGUUGACCUGCCUGGUCAUGUAUUUCCUGCAGCAGCUGCGCCAGCCCAUUCUGCCAGCCAUUGGAGCGCUGGUAAAGGCGGCCAACACUGCAGACAUACGCGUCACCGAGGAUGGCAUCAAUUGCACCUUUGCCAGAGACAUGGAACGCCUGAACUUUCGCAGCCGCAACACGAGCAGCCUCAGCGAGCUGCUGCUGCAGUUCUUCGAGUUUUACUCACAAUUCGAUUUCCAUAAUCGCGCCAUAUCGCUGAAUGAGGCACGUGCGCUGGGCAAGCCAGAUCACUCCGCCAUGUAUAUUGUGAAUCCGCUGGAGCAGCUGCUGAAUGUCAGCAAAAAUGUGAGCCUGGAGGAGUGCGAGCGUUUGCGCAUUGAAGUGCGCAAUGCUGCCUGGAUGCUGGAAUCCGAAGUGGAGAGUCCAGCGCUGGCCGAGAGUGAACGCUUGGAGCAGUCCUGGGGGCUGCUCAAUCUAUUCAAACAUCCCGAGAAAGCCGUCAUACGGCCCAACAUGUUCUUCAAGCCGCGCAUGGUCGAGGUCAGUGAUCUCUUUGACAAAUCCCAGGCCAACACGCCUCCCGCUCCUGCCAUAAGCUACAAAAGCUCAACGGUGCGGCAGCAGGUGCAGACCAUCAAGGCUGCCACGCGCAGCGAACUGAAGCAGCUGCGCGAAUCCAGCUCCACAACAUCUACAGCGACAGCUGCUGGCAGUGGAGGCUCCUCCAAGUCGAAGCGCAGCAGAUGAUAAACGCUGAAAUGCCAGCGCCCCUCUUCCAACCCUUUUGUAGUUUGUGUAUAUAAAUUAGUUAACCUAGCCUCUAACUCUCUGACCACUGAAUUAGUUGUUAACUACAAAUGUUGUUCAUAUCUGGCCAAGCUUUAACUAGCUGCCAGCUUAAGCGCUUGCAAUUCGUAUUUAAGUAUGAAUCAUGUUAAGUAUUGUAGCUGUUUUCUUAUUUUAAUUGAAUAAAUCACCAAAAAUGUGCUUUACAUAAAAAUUA